GCACCUCGGGCAGUCUGAGAGUCGGAACAACUUCUCACAGCUCUUCUCUCCUCUUCUCCCUCUCUCCCCUACUCUGUCAUCUGCGUUGGGAGCCAACGCACACACAGAAGGCGGCUGUAACAAGACAGAAGUCCAAACCUUGAGCUUCAGAUAAGAAACACAUCUAGAUUUUAUUUAACAUUUGGAUUGUGUCAGCAUAAAACCCACGUGUCCACCAGAUUAGAAACGCGCCGGUUGAGCUUCCCGCUCUCUGCUAUACUGUUGCAAGAUCGGUCUCAUUGAUUUGAUGUGGAAUGAGUGCUGACACAUCUACAUACUCAGCGAAGGGACGCGGUGUGCAGCGCGUCAACUAAAUUGACAUGAAGGCAGAGUGAUGCGUUUUUUGAGAUCAUCGUGGUUGUUUUGAAACUCUGAAACCGAAGCACAGGAGCUGACGAUUUCGACCCUAUCAGUCCUUUGGAUGCUAUGUCAUUUCUGAAAGAGCGUGGAAGAGAGCUUGAGCGUUUUGAUGGACUCUCGCUCAUCUACUGGACACUAAUGGGUCCAUAUGGAGUAGAUCGCGCUGUGCAUUCCAUUGAAUUUAAGGAUUGUGAGAAUGGUCUGGGAAUCAAAGUCAUCGGGGGAGUGAAGGAGCAGACAGGAGAAGAGUUUGGCGUCUAUGUCAAAAGGAUAUUACCUGGUGGCCUUGCUUCGCUUGAUGGGAACCUCCAACCGGGGGAUCAGAUCUUGGAGGUGAACGGAGAUAGUCUGAUACAAGUCACAAGUGAAAGUGCUGUGGAUAUCCUGAGGUCAGCGUCCUCUUCCAAUCGCAUGCGCCUUCUGAUCGCUAGAGAUGAAGAAGCAAAGAGAGAAUUUGCAGAGCUGCUGGAGAAGUAUGGAUCCAAUAGCAGCACAGGGUCAACACGCAACUCUCCUAUUCAGCAGGGUAUAACACACACUCCUACCCCUUCCUCCUCCCCCAAGUCCAGAUGGUACGAUCCAUCUCUUCCAGAAGUACAACGUGCUGGCAGAUACCUGGACAGCACAUCGUCUGGGUCCUCGUCCCGUUCCCAGAGUCCCCUGCCGCUCAGUCCUGCAGGGUCCCAGAGCAUGUACAACAACACCGGCCCUCUAAUGCGUUCUCUCAGUCACCCGGGUGAGGGGGUCAUCCAGUUGAUCUCAGUGUCUCGCUCCAGCAGCCUGGGCAUCGCCAUCGGAGGAGGCUCCAACAGACCCGACGGCCCCGCUGUCUUCAUCCAGGAGGUCCUGUCAGGAGGGGACUGUCACAAGGAUGGCCGUCUGAGACCUGGAGAUCAGCUGAUUGCCAUCAACAAGGAAUCUUUGAUAGGUGUGACCCACGAGGAGGCCAAGACAUUGCUCAACAAGGUCAAGUUCAGUCAGGAGGCUGUGGUGGAGAUAGCCUUCAUCCCAGGUAAAGGCCCGCUACCCAGCAGCACAUCUCUACACAACGGAGUCCAGAGAGGCGUGGGCAAUGGCUUCAGCUCUGGACGCUUAAAAGUCCACGUCAGGUCACCAGAGAUCCGGACAGAGGAGACUGCCCCAGUGCCUUCACCCUCCCCUGACAUCUGCCCUCCAGACAUCCACAUUUCAGGCUCAGCCCCCACCCUGAGAGCAGCAUCAGGAACCAAACCCAAGAUCACCCUUGACCCCCAUAUACGGCUCAGAUCGGAAAAACUUGAUCUGGCACUGUCCUACCUGGGCCUGGACAUCACAGAUGAGACGAAGAGGAGACUGAGGCAGAGUCUGACCACAGACCCCCAGGGCACCGUGUCCUACGGAGAUUUUGUAGAAGCCACUCGGAACAUCUACCAGGAGAAGCUUGAGGAGGUGGGGCUAGCGCAGGGCCCCUUCAUGUUCUCCUAUCAUGAAGCGGCCAGCUUGAUGGACACCUCCGCCUUCCACUCUCCUACGUACGAGUCGGAGUGCAGCUACAGCAGCGAGGAGCUGGAGCAGUUCCAGACCGAGGUCAAGCACCUGCAGAUCCAGAUGAAGCAGCUGAAGCAUUCUCAUGUCCACACGCCACAGGUCCUGCUGAAGGACACGGAGCACAGCAAGAAAAGCCUGGAGGACGAGCUCCAGAAGACCUCAGAGAUAGCGUCGGCGACGGUGGAGGAGAACAGCCGCCUGAAGGGCCGCCUGCAGGUGGCCGAGGCGGCGCGGCAACAGACCAACAGCGCCGAGCAGGACUACGAGGAGGUGAUCCAGCUGCUGGAGGCUGAGAUCCGAGACCUGAAGAGCCAGCUGCCUGGAAAGAAGCCCCGCAGCCUGGAGGCCACCAAGGAGGACGUGAUGGAGCUGACCAGGAGGAUGACGGCCGUCGACUGUCAGCUGAGGAAGUCGGAGCUGAGCAGGAAACACCUGGAGAUCUCCAACAAGAAGCUGCUGGGGUUUGCACAGAAUGUUCACAAAGUGCUCACCACGCCCCGCUUGUUUGGGACUGAUAAUGGGAGUAACAGGACUUCUCCAGCCACUGACAGUCCUGACACUCCGUCGCCCAUCCCAGACCCAGCCUUCCAGCUCGCCACCGAGGCCAAAGAACUGGUGGAGGGAGUACAGGCUCUCACUGAAGACCCAGAGUUGCUGAGUGAUUCGGAGAGACUCGUCGCUGAUGAGAGUGUGGCUGCAGGUGCAGAUUCACGGGCUAGGACGACCCUGUCCGGCGCUACAGCCAAAGAUAAGCGCCAUGUGUAGACCAGGAGAACAUUGGGAGAACGUCGGGAGAACUUGGGAGAACACCGUGGCUGGGGGACUGGGUCCAUGAACACUGUUGCUUGACUGACUGAACUUCAAACUCGAAUCCUUUAGACAGACAGACAAACUGUGAAGCUAUCCAGCGCGCUUUUAGAAAUGAUUAACAUCAACUCUUCCAACAUAUGUAUUGGUGGCCUGGGUGUGGGAACUGCUUCACCGAUUAACCACAUAAGUGUUAUCAAAGUCCUUUUCUGUUUUCUAUUACAGCUGUGUAUGUAUUUACAUUUCUGUUUCGAUGUUUUGCAUUUGGCUGAACAGCAGAGGAAAGGUGGAAUGAUGGUCAGGCAGACAUCUAGACACAGUGCAGCAUGGCACUAAGGUCUUGCUGUAGAACAAAAGCUUGUAGUGUGAUGCAUAUACAACACUCCUAACGUGACCUCCUUCUCUUGUCUCCUGAGUGUUUCUCGACCACUCCAUUUUGAUCAGUGGUUUUCAAGGAUACAAGGAGGCAAGACAAAGAAGCCAUGGUAGAGUAUUGGAGCUUAGCCUUGCUGUCUGUAGCGCUACAGCUAUUUUGCUGCAUUUGUGUAUGAGAACUUCAGGGUGAUUAGGAAGAUGUGCCCUCAUCCAAGCGUCUCAUCAUUUGAUAUGGUGUGCAUUUGUACAGAUGUCCCUACAAGAAGUGCUCUGACUAAAAUAUUUUGAAGAUUUUGUACUGGAAACACAUUUUUUUCUUUCAUUUGAGACAGAAAAAAGCUGUAGGACAUGCACCAUGACGAGAUGUUUGCAGUUGCUGUUAUAAACCUUGUAAAUCUUGCAGACCGAAACCCUCUUGUUCUACAUCCUCUGUCCAAAUUUGCUUUUUGGACCAACACAGACACACCCACUCCAGGCAGACAAAAACUAGUUUCUUUGACAGAUACUGUACCCAGCAGGACAAACUGUAGAGUUCUGUGAAUAUUCACUCAUUUCUGUUCCAUCAUGGCUCAUCUUCAUGAAGAUUGUACACAUGAUUGAAGGGUUGUAAGAAAUAAAGCAUAGGAAAGAAAGAAAAUUAUGAACUAUUUUUGUGUGGAAAUGUCCAUGUCAGAACCAUUUAGUGGUUAUGAAAAAGGGGUGAAGGAAAUGAAGUAGCCGACAGGAGGGAUACUGCUAGCUAGUGCUUGUCAAUCAUCCUUAUCUGUGGCAAACUGUCCCUGCAUGGUUCUGGUUUUCACCUUGUCUUCCACAUCCUAGGAUGAGAGGGGAUUUGAUGAGAUUUGGUUUACUGGAAUAAAAAUAAACAAAGCAAUACUUAUGUGUAAACAAGGCUGUAAGAUACAUGUUUGAAAGAAUUGAGAAAGGUCAGAGAUCCAUCUAACAUAACAAUGUAGACUAAAUGUGUAAGAUUUAUUUUGUUUAUAUUGAUAACUGCACAUGCUUUCAAGAAAUACUGACUUGUAGCCCUGUAAUUGAACUAGAUUGCAUCUUAUGUGUGGCCUCAUUAUCUUGAUUUUAUUGUUUUUAUUAAAGGAAUAACCUAAU